AUGGUGGAAGGUAAUCCGCCAUUUCCCGCCCACGUCAAAUAUCCCGAUUCAAUUGCUGGUAACCACCAGGGCAGUCCAUCGCAGAACCCGCAAACGCCAUUCUCUAGGACGAUGCUGAUUCGGAAGCUUUCCGUUCUUGUUCCAACCGCGAUUUGUAGCGUUUAUAUUGUUGCUCCAGCAACAUCAACUGCAUCUGAUAGCAUUGCAGGGUCUGUCCAAGCGCUUGUUCGCCAGGGUCCUCGGAAUGCACCAACUUGGCGGUAUCUUCGAGACUCUGAGGCAUGUAAGACGUUCGUGUUGCUACGCUCUGAUCCUCUGGAACCGUGGGGUCAUGGCUGUCUUGGCGCCGCGUACUAUGAUGUUCCGUACAGAGUCAAAUUGGAGAAGUUUCAAAGCAAUGUGGAGAUAGUGAUUGGGAGGCAUAGAUCCAGCCUCAGAGCCAGCGGGCUUGAGAAGUUCAUUCCCCCUUCAAUGGAGGGGAAGUCAACGCGGGCCGUGCGACUCAUGUGA